AUGGACCGGCUCGAGGAGACUGUCAGGUCACUCACCGGAGAUGCGCGGUCACCCAUCAAGUUCCCGUCACCACAGAAGCUACCGUUUUUGAGCAAAUUCUCUAACACGACUGAUUUCACAGCCCUUGAUGUCCACGAGAGAUUGGGCGCCGUCGACACGCAGAUGAAGCAGCUGCGGGAUCUCAUGGACAACUCGCUAUCAGAAAAGAAGGCCGCCGACGAUGCGCACGAGUUGAUGAGGAGGCGAGUGGCCGACCUCGAGACGGAACGAGAACGACUCGGGACACGCAACGAGACGCUACAGACGGAUCUCGAAACCACCAGGGAAAAGCUCAAGAUGCUGCAGUUUGACGUCGAGGCAGAGAGGCGAAAUCACAAGUACGAGCUCGAAGACGAAGCGAGGAGGCACCGCAACGAACAGGACGAGCUUCGAAAAAAACUAGGCGAGGAAACGGAACGACUACAGAAAACCCACCGAGAGGCCCUCGAAGCUCUCGACCGCCAACACCGGGUCGAGCUCGAGGACGAGCGAAGCGCCCAGUCGAGAGAGGUGCAGGAGCUGCGGUCGAAGCUGGGCAGCGAGCAGCAAGACCUCCACCUCGCGCUGCAGAAGAAGGAGCGCGAGAUGGCCGAGAUGCGGGCGCAGAUGGACGCCGUGCGGGGCGAUCUCGACCGGGCGGAGGCGUUGAACAAGGGGCUCGCCAGCAACAUUUCUGAGCUCGCCGCCUCCAACGUGACGCUCGAGGCCAAGAUCAACUCGCUCAAGUCGCACGUCGAGUUUCUCGAAUCGGACAACCAGGCGCAGUCCGACUCGUUCGCCAACAUGGAGGCGAAGCUGCAGGAAGCGCUCCUCGCGGCGGACGAGGCGCGCCACAAGCUCAUCAAGGAGGAGACGGAGCGCCGCAUCCUGUUCAACAAGUACCAGGAGCUCAAGGGCAACAUUCGCGUCAUGUGUCGCGUGCGGCCGGUGCUCGGCGUGGGCGAGGGCGAAGGGGCCAAGAUCACGUUCCCCGACGACAGGACGUCGGCCGAGAUUGCGCUGCAGGGCGCCGAGAGACGACGCCAUGGGCCGGCCGCGCUCGACGGCUACAACGUGUGCAUCUUCUGCUACGGCCAGACGGGCUCGGGCAAGACGCACACCAUGUCGUCGGAGGACGGCAUGAUCCCGCGGGCGACGCACAUGAUCUACGACACGAUCACCAAGCUCAAGGACAAGUCGUGGACGUACACGAUGGAGGGCUCGUUCAUCGAGGUGUACAACGAAGAGCUCAACGACCUGCUGGCGCCCACCAGCCGCGAGUCGGACGGCAGGGGCAGGCGGCUCGAGAUCCGGCACGACGAGGCGCGCAAGCAGACGACGGUGGCGCACUGCAAGACGGUGGCGCUCGACUCGGCGGACAAGGUCGAGGCGAUGCUCGCGCAGGCGCAGUCGAACCGGUCGGUGGCGGCGACCAAGUCGAACGAGCGGUCGUCGCGGUCGCACAGCGUCUUCAUCCUCAAGCUCGUGGGCCACAACGCGUCGACGGGCGAGCGGUGCGAGGGCACGCUCAACCUCGUCGACCUCGCCGGCUCGGAACGGCUCAAGCAGUCGGGGGCCGAGGCGAGCGCAUGA